GAGGCAUCCACGCUGUGGAAACAUCGUAGCGACACGUUGGCGCCGCUAAUAGCGUUCCUAAAUCACCAUGCAUUCAGCGCCAAGUCGAGCGCAGCUGGGCAAAGCAUGGGCGUGUUCAACACAAACAGUCGUGCAACUUUAACACAGCCCUCUAUUUGGGUCACUGAUAAAGCGGCGGGUAGAGCAUUAUAUUGCGUCACUUCCCAAUCUGACCUAGACAACACACGCGCUAAAGGGAUCUCUAACCUGCACCAACACCUCAGCACCGCCAUGACCACUUCCACGACCCUCGACAAGAUCUGCCUGUCUUGUGGCAAAGCCAACGCCAAGAACCGCUGCGGUGGCUGCCGUAGCGUCUACUUCUGCGACCGCGCCUGCCAGCGCAAGAGCUGGCCAAGCCACCGCCCCACGUGUCUACAGUCUUCCGCGCAACCUACCGAGACGACACAUAUACACUCCAAUAGUAUACACUGCGUUGGUAUACCUAACGCUGCUGCUGCGACCGUGGCCGCGUCACCGCCGAAGAGCGUACGCCUCGUCACGGAGCCCGUGCAGAUCGUGGAGAUCCCUGCCGAGGCCGCAGCAGCAGCCCCCAAGCCCCAAAAGAAGAGCAAAAAGCACAAGAAGAAGCGCAAAGCACGUAGUAACAGCAUGCAUGUGCCCUCUACGAAUGCUCCACUACAGCAACGUAAGAACCGCUCGGCUUCCCUUGGUGCCAAAAAGCACAUCAUGUGGGGCGACGUCCAGGCCCGGGAGUUCGCACGCUUCCCUGGCGGUGGCAGCGCCGUGCCCUACGACGGUACAUGGGCUCUGGGUCUAGGCAAGAAGCUCGCAGACGUCGAGCUCGGUAGUGUGCUGGAGGUGGAGCAACAGCGAGAGCAGGAACUACAGGAGCGAGUCAAGAAACUGUCCAAGUCCAAGCGCCGCGACGUCCGUGUGGGUGAAACCCGCCAAUUCGACUACCGUCGAGGCGUGGACAACCCGCUGUUCUCGAGAUUGAGCGAAGACGAGCGCAAAAAGGUCUUUACACUGGAGAAACAGGCCCAGGAGGACGGAGCAAUUGAGUCUCAAAUGUCGUCGUCCCCAGAGCUGAGGAAAUCGUGGCGUAAAUACUCCACUGGUUCCACUUCAAGCAUCGAGGCAGCUGAAGAACUGCAGGUUGCAGACGCAGCGUUAACGACGCCAGAUUUCGGCUGUGUGUCUAUUGAGCAGCUCGAUGAAUUCGCUAAGAUCCGCGACUCACGCGACGGCGCGUGUGGCUGUUCGUGCGGAGAUUUGGUCAAGAAAGUGGCCAAGAUGAAUGUCAAGAAGCUGCGUGCGUUUCUGCAGGAGCACAAUGUGCCGCUUCCCGGUACGGGCAAGACGGAGCUGAUGGCAGCAGCCAAGAAGUUCGCGCGUGAGAAAAAGAACUGCGCCAGCGCCGACUCGGACUGCGAGUGUGCGCGCAACGGCGUUCCGUGCCACUCGGACGUGUGCGAAGGCUGCGCCGGUGACUGCCACAACCCGUUCCAGCGAUACGAAUACAAGAGCACUGAAGUGAAGCAGUAUCGCAAGCAGCAACUGGACAAGUGGCGCCAACUCCAAAGCGAACUCCACCAAUCGAACGAAGCCGCUGCCCCCAUCCGCGUUGCCUGAUCUGCAUGUAGUAGACCAUGUAUAAAAUCUGCCACUGCGUGAAAUUGCGAGAAGUGCUUCCCAAUCUAAGAAAUAAAAAAAUAAAUAAAAAAAAGAAAAAGUUGUGAUAUCGCAGUAAUCAAAC